AUGUCAGACUCUGGCAUGCCGGAAGCGAGUGGGGAGGAUGAGCGCCAGCGACAAAUUCACCUCUGGAAAGAGUUCGGGCGUUAUAAGCCACGAGAAGUCUUGGCGCUCUGUCUCAGAAGCUCUGGUAUACACUACGGUCUCCCAGAGUACGGAUCAGAAAGGCCCGAGUCCAAUGAGUGGCUCCUCCCCGACUUCGACCCCACAGUUGAGCAGCCGGGUCACGAAGUGCAGGUCGAGGUCAUCAGAUGCUUGAACGGUGACAUCGAGGGUAGUGCACUUAUCCUCCUUUGCAGGAUCACUAAGACAUCAUCCAUCAGCCGCGACACUCAUCAUAGUCUUACCCUCGGGCUCAAGGUCGUCCUCAAAAUCUUCGACCCAACCUUCCUCCUUCUAGAUCAGCUCUCCUACUUCUUCGGUCUCACACCCAGCGAAGUUUCCAAUCAACUAUAUAGUCGGGAAGCUAAUGCCUGUAAGUACUUCUACGAGCAAAAGAUCACGGGUGAUCCUCAUAUGGUACCGCAGUACUACGGCAGCUGGGCGCUCAAGUUCGACGCUAGCGAUUCACCUGAACCUGGCAGAUCCUCUUCACCCAGAACCCUCCAAUGGAGAUGUGCUUCCCUUCCCUACAUCGAUCACGCAAGCAGUACGUCGAAAGUUCUGUCUCUGAACGACUCUGCAUCGCGGCUCAAAAUCUUGAAGAAGGUUAUACACGGCGGUGUUUGCUUCGAGCAUAUUGGCCCCGUCAUCAAGGGUCUCGAUCCCGAUGGCAUCGUCCUCACUUUCCUCCAGAACACCCGAGACCGACAGACCCCAGAAAGCAUCCGCCCUGUCCUUCUCGACUACAUCUUCUGUGUUGUGUGGUCUCAGUCCCGCGAAAGCACGCACGGACGGCUCGACGAGUUAGACGAAGAAGCACCGCCGAUCCCCCGCAGAUAUGUGAUGAACAACCAGAUGCAGGAGUUCAGAGGCUGGUUCCCAACCGAGUGGACGGAAAAGGUGCCAGGGGACUAUGAGGGAAAAUAUGACCUGAUCAUCGAGGAUAGUGACAUCCAUCCAACUCCGAAGGAGAAGCGUCUAGCCAAAGCCGAGGCCGAUCACAAGUUUAUGGUCGAGCCUUCUAGAAAGGAGAGGGAGUUUCUGCGGCGGAUCGGCCAUUCAAUUUCAGCUGAACUUGAGGCCGAAUGUAAGGAUCAGCCACCUUCAGCUGAACUUGAGGCCGCUUGUGAGGAUCAGCCACUACCUGAGACUGGAUCAGAGGAUGAGCCAACUCCAGGACCUGACGAUCAUCCAAAAUGGAAGUCACCGCAAGAGAUCUAA